AUGAGCUUGGAAACUCAAGCAAUCAUCGACGGACUCAACGCUUAUCAAUACCCAUCUGUCUAUCCUUACGUCCAGCGGAUAUUGAUCGCUUCCAGCGCGAUCUACUUUUUUGUCUUAAUCUUAUGUAUCUCCAUCCUUGCCAUUCCGCUCUUUCGUGGAGUACAAGCUCGACGCAAGCAUCUCUGGUUCUGGAGGAAACAGUAUCUUCCAGGUCGGACGAAUAUUCCCUACUUGGUACCGAACGGAGGUCUUGCUGUCGUCAUCUCCCAACUGUUUGGGUGCAUAAUUUUUGAAAUUUAUAUACUGCUUUCAUAUCGGGCACUUCAAUCACCCGAGUUCUCCCGGAGCCACUAUCAGUACUUCUGGCUUACAAUUAGCUAUGCUCCUGGUUAUUUUGGAUUUUGGUAUUCUGGGUUCAGUGCCCUGUAUAUCUGGUGCGCUUCAUUCGCAUUGCUUGUAUUUUGUUGCAAAACAAACAUGAAGAGUCUAUUCUCACCUAGCCGGGCAGGAAGCCACCACCCAAAUAAACAACGACACAUGCCACAUCCUAUCAUAAUGAACACGAUCUGCAUUGGACCACCCAUUUUUACCGCCCUUGGGGCAAUAGGCUGGGGAAUCGCUUCAGUUGUGACAGCACGCGAGAAAAAUAUGGCAUAUGAUGCGGUGCUUGCGCAAUUACUGAACGGAUCGGAUCCCACUUCGGGCUUGCAACGGUACGCAGUGGCAGGCAAUCGGUUUAUCGGGCAAUUUCGCUGGGCUUCAUUUUGUUGGACCAUCGCUGCAUUCUUUGCUGUUGUGGUAUGCACUCUUACACUUUCUUUCAUAUUUUUUCUAGAUAUGCUUUUACUAAACAAUUGUCAUUCUGACGCUUGA